GUUUUCACACGCCACGACUGCUCCUCCCCCUGGGAUUGCAAAGCUGGAAUUAUUUCCUGAGGUUAGAUCUGUGAUUGGAGUGUUCAGUUCCGGAGUGCGAAGUGCUCCUGGAGGCAGUGACAUCUGGGGAAGAAAAACACGACCAAGAAAGAGGCGCAGCACGGGAGAAGGACGCUGUGGUCCCCCUCAAGAAAAGUUUGCCAGCUUUUCCAGAGAGGCUGUAAUGUGCUGACAUACCACUAUGGGCAAGCGCUACCCAGGAGCUUACUGUCAUCCAAACAACUCACUUGAUUCCUCUAUGGACAUAAUGUCAGUGUGUGUGGCAUCAAAUGGCAGUACAACGGACCUGGUAAAUCGCAACAGCCCCGCUCCUCCCAACUCGCUCACCCUGCGCACCUCCCACAACGAGCUGCUCAACUCAGAGGUCAAUCUCACAGAGGUCAAGAACAACACCCCACCCAAGUGUCGCAAGAAAUAUGCCCUAACCAGCAUCCAGAGUGCUAUGGGCUUAAGUGAUCCAGCGGCACAGCCCCUCCUGGGCACCACCUCCACCACCUCCUCCUCUUCAGCCAACCCCAAACUGGCCAAAAAUGGGGAGAACCAGCUGCGCAAGGCCGCCGAGCAGGACCUGAACAAGAACUUCACAAAGUCCACCAAAGUCCCCGGCAGCAACGUCAUCUCUGAGCAGGAGGUCAAUGCAGAGUCCAAUCAAGCCAAGAGAACCAAGAGCUUCCUCAAUGACUUUGCUGACCUGGAGGGCACAGUCCUGGAGGGAGAGCCCCUGUUUAAGGAACAGAACUCCAAAGAGGGACAGGAUCCUCCAGCGCCGGGAAUUCUGCUAAACGGUGACGACCUCCCACUCUCCAAGAAUCAAAACGAGCCUUCCAGCCCCGAGGAGUCUCAGAUCUCAAUGGCCUCGUCAAGCCCUGAAACUAAAAAGGACCAGCCCAAAACUGGUGCCAAAACUGACUGUGCGCUCAACCGGAUCCAGAACCUGGCCCCCAGUGACGAGGAUUCCAGCUGGACAACCCUCUCACAGGACAGUGCCUCUCUCAGCUCCCCGGAGGAAGCAGCUGACAUAUGGAGUGACCAGUCAUUUCAGACCGAUCCAGACCUGCCCCCAGGCUGGAAGAAGAUCAGUGACAUGGGUGGUAUCUAUUACUGGCACAUACCAACAGGAACCACCCAAUGGGAACGCCCUGUCUCCUUAUCGGCUGACAUCCAGGGGUCGCAAAAGGGGUCACUGAGUUCAGUCACCCCGUCUCCCACUCCAGAAAAUGAGGUAGAGACUCAGGACGAGGUGUUUCUUGGGCCUGCAAGCAGCAUAUUGGAAGACUCCACCGAGCAGCCCACCAACUUGUCCUCAGACAGCACCGUGCCCUCCUGUGGCUUUGUUAACAGCUGUUACUUUAAACAGCCAUGGAGUGAUUUUGCUGUGCUGAAUGGGGGAAAGAUUGAUAGUGAAAUCUGGAAGGAUCUGCAAGCAGCUACAGUGAAUCCUGACCCCAGUCUAAAAGAGUUUGAAGGAGCCACCUUGCGCUAUGCCUCUUUGAAACUCCGAAAUGUGUCCCAGUCAGACGAGGAAGAUUCCUGCAGCAUUAACAGUGACCCAGAAGCCAAGUGCUUUGCAGUGCGCUCUCUGGGCUGGGUGGAAAUGGCGGAGCAGGACCUGGCUCCAGGGAAGAGCAGUGUUGCUGUUAACAACUGCAUCCGUCAGCUCUCCUACUGCAAGAACGACAUCCGAGACACCGUCGGGAUAUGGGGAGAGGGCAAGGAUAUGUAUCUGAUCUUGGAGAACAAUAUGCUGAACCUGGUUGACCCCAUGGAUCGCUCCAUUCUUCAUUCUCAGCCCAUUGUGAGCAUCCGAGUGUGGGGAGUUGGCCGGGACAAUGGGAGGGACUUUGCAUACGUAGCAAGAGACAAAGACACCCGGAUCUUAAAAUGUCAUGUGUUCCGAUGUGACACCCCAGCGAAAGCCAUUGCAACGAGUCUUCACGAAAUCUGUUCCCGGAUCAUGGCAGAGCGUAAGAAUGCCAAAGCUGUAGCUGGCAGCUCUGUGCAGGAGAGAGUCAGUGUGGGUCUGGAUGUUCCCCUGCAAGAUUUCCCUACACCAAAGACAGAGCUGGUGCAGAAGUUCCAUGUGCUCUACCUGGGAAUGCUACCUGUGGCCAAACCUAUAGGGCCUGGGGGCAACAACUCCCAGAAAAUGCAAUUGCUAAGUCUCAACAGCAUGGAUAUACUGAAUGGUGCCAUAGACAGCCUGGUGUCUGCCUCCGGCAAAGAAGACUGGGUGCCAGUCAUUUUAAAUGUGGCUGAUGCUACAGUUACAGUGAUCAAGGAACAGAAGGAAGACGAGGUGCUGGUGGAGUGUCGAGUACGCUUCCUGUCCUUCAUGGGAGUCGGAAGAGAUAUCCACAGUUUUGCCUUCAUCAUGGAUUCAGGAAACCAGCAUUUCGAGUGCCAUGUGUUCUGGUGUGAGCCCAAUGCUGGGAAUGUAUCUGAGGCAGUACAAGCAGCUUGUAUGUUGCGGUACCAGAAGUGUUUAGUCGCCCGACCUCCUUCACAGAAAGCCCGCUCUGCCAGUCCUCCAACAGACUCAGUGACCAGACGUGUCACAACCAGCGUGAAACGAGGCGUGUUUUCCCUCAUUGACACUUUGAAACAGAAGAGACCCGUUGCAGAACUGCCCCAGUAGUAAUGUACAGCCCAGCCGGAAGGAUUCAUUGGAACUCUAAAGUACAGUAGCAGUUUGUGUGGAUUCCGUAGCUACACAGAAACACACUGGCAUUCACCCUCCCUUCCCUUCGUCGCCUCUGUCUCCAGUGCUCUAUCUUAUUAAGUGUACAACAAGCAUGCUGUAACAUUCUAGUCAUCAUGUUGUCAUGUGAUAGAUGCAUGAAUACAUUUUCGGUUGCUGUCAACACUAAAUUGAAGUCUAACAGCUGGGCUUUGUCUCUUUAUUUCUCCUCUUUUUUUUUUUUUGUUUUGUUUUGUGGUCGACAGAGUUCAACAUACAGCCUUGAACCUUCAGUAAUAUUUCUUCCAUUGGACUAGUUACCCACCUGCAAUACAGAUAAACUUUAUCAGAGCACUUUUCUCUGUCAAGGACACUGGAAUAGAUAUUAAAUAUUGCUUGGUGUUACUGUGUCAUUGCUGUUCACAUACAGCUCUUCUGAAGCUUUCGUAUCCACCAAUUUAAAACAAGUCCUAUUUACAGUACUCCUUUUUUUGUAGAUGUUAGGCUCUGAAGGCCUUUUAUGGUUUGAGUGGUUUUGUCGGGUAUGCUCCGUGGAGUGGAAGUAGUAGACUGAAGAUGCUGUUUGACACGCAUUUCUUAGCUGUUGUGAAUUCACUGCUGCUAGAUCUCCACUUUUCCUAACUUUCUUGCAGUACUUAGAUGAUUCUAAAAUGUGUUCCUUCAAAAUAAGGCAGAUGUCUUGCACAAGCUCUUGGAGGGUACCAGGGAUGUGUGCACAUUUCUAGAAAUUGAAAUGUAUAUCAGCAUUAAAUAUAUAUGGAGAUAGAUCAGCGUUUGCAAAGAACCCUGUAGGAGAGGAAGGGUGAUGAAACAUGGUAGAAAUGCCAGACAUGUAGAAAUGGUUUGUGUAUCUUAUCUUUUACACCACUGGCUUCAAAUAUCUUUUUUUUCUUAUUUGUUUUACCUCCACAGUUUAGUUCUGCUGCUUAACGUUUUUCCAAGGUGACACUGCUGCAAGAAUUGGCCUCUUGUAGCAAUACAAGAGGCCAAUAGCAUUUAUAGCGUCAUUCAUUAUUGUAUUGUACUAUCUGCAUUAACAUGUAAAUAUCCAGCACAUAUUUUAAUUUCUGUAAAGCUUAGAAAUUUUAGCUACUUAGCAGGUAGACCCAGCAUUCAAAGAAAGUACCUUUUUUUUAAUAUACAUAAAGAGAGUUGAAAGUUUGAAACAAUGUGAAUCCGUUCCGUUUGUAAAACCAGAUUUGCGUACAUAUAUCGCUUUAUAAGCUAUUUUUAUUUUAAUUUUUUGGAAAGCCUUGAAACAUUUUUUGUCAGAAACUUUACUCUGUCAUGGCCAAAGUGUAAUGUUUAGAUGGUCCGUGUUGUAGAUUUAAAAAAAAAAAAAAAAAUCGAAAUUAAGAAAAAAAAAAAAAAGUAAGUCAGUCUCUGAUUUUAUUUACUGUGUUUAGCCCAAUUAGUUGUAGUGAGACUACAGCAAGCAUUAUCUAUGCAUUCUUUUAUUAGCAGCUCUAAAAGCAGUUGUCACUUUGCCUUGCAUGUCCCGUGACAAUUUAAAACAAAUUCAGAAAUAUUUUUUAUUUUAUUUAUUCUAUUUUAUAUUAACGUAUACCGGGUUAUUAUUAUGUUUACUGUAUGCUCGCGGUCUCUCCCGCACUGUAGCCAGCACUAAUUUACUGGAUGUAAUUAUCUGUCAAGAUGACAGUGCAGAUUAAUAAAGGAUUGUUCACAUGUAUCUGAAAAAGUGAGCCAGAGCUUUGCUGAGUAGCAGGCUGGAAACAUAACCCCUGCACCAAACUGGCUUAUUACAUCAGCAAACUGGAAGCAUGGGUUCUCUUCUAGUUGAGAAAACAUGCUAAAGAUUCCAGUAUACUUAUCAGACAUUUGGUAGUGCAGCUGAAUAUUGCAUUUGAUUAAUUAGAGCCAUGUUGCUUCUCAGGAUGGUAAUGCUGUCCUUACUGUUCUAUAAUGUACAGUACAGUAAAGAAAACCCAUGCUUGAAGGUGUGUGUGUUUCAGUUGACUGGGCAUUCAAUGCUUGUUGAUACUGCAGUUGUUUUGGUUCUCAUUUUAAUUUCGGCGUGGGUUGGGGGGGAGAGAUGCUUUCUGAGCCUUAACUUUGGAGCAGAUUGAUUGAGUGCUGAGACUUAAAUAGCUUCCAGCAGGUUCUUUUCAGCAUGACUGCUGCUUUCCUGAUGGGAGCGCUAGACUGUUGCAGGCCCCAGCAAAACAAAAAGAAACAAACCAUUCCCCCAAUCGUGUGAUGCUGUGAGUCCAGAAGAAGGUGGAUAUGUAUAAGUCUGUAACAAACUCAGUAUCUGCAGCAGCUGUGGUAAACAUGCACAUCACAAGAUUGUACCCAAGUACAGUAUGUCGUAGUCUUAUGGCCUAUUGUGAACACACAUCAUUUACUUCUGCUGUAUUUAUGGUUCUAGCCAGCUCUCUCUAAAUAGAAGUCAAGUGUUCAAAAUGCCUGUUAGUUUUAUGCAGCUGAUUUACAGUAAAGUUGGUUUCUUCUGCUGUUCACUAAUUUUACACCAUAUAAAUGUAAUCUGUUGUGAGAAUAAACUGCAUAUAAAAAUACA